AUGUGGAAGAGCGGAGGGGAGCAGUGGAGCGCCGUCAGUUCGCGUAUUGUCACUGCUCGUCUUCUUGUCGCCAAGCGAGGUGAUAAACUCCCUGGUGGAGGUAAGCGACACGCAGAUUUCUGUGUCUCUAUCGUCAAUGUUUAUGCUCCAACGAGUAAAGCCCCACCGAACGUAAGACGCAAGUUUUUCGAUGACUUGCAACGAGUUGUGGACAGUAUCCCAUCCAGAGAUGUUCUUGUGCUCCUUGGGGAUUUGAACGCGCGCGUCGGGUCCAGCACUGACUAUGCAGACAGCGCUGUGAGUCGUAUCGAUGGCAUGCCAGGGGAUGAGCGGAUGUGGGGUUGUGUCUUGGGCCAAUUUGGCCUUGGAAAUUGCAAUCGGGCUGGUGAGGAGCUGUUGUCAUUCUGUGCAGCUAAUCAAUUGUCAGUAAUGAAUACAUGGUACAAGAAGGGACGAAGUAAGCGUGGAACAUGGACUCAUCCAGCCACUCGCCAAGUGCAUCUCAUUGAUUAUGUCAUCAUGCGUACAGCUCAUUGCUGCUACUGUAAGGACGUUGGUGUUGUCCGCGGCGCACUGUGCUGGACUGACCACUACAUGGUUCGGGCCAAGCUUGUCCUGGACUUCGUCCAACGUAGAUCCACUGUCCCUAAGCGGAGGUCGUAUGCCACCCAUCGCCUGCGUGAGCCUGAUACGUUACUGCAGUACCGAGAGUCAAUGGAGGCAGCCUGUGGUGGCGCGGUCGGUGGUGGCCAGAGUGUUGAAGAGACCUGGAAUUCCCUUCGUGAUGACAUCACCAGCGUAGCGGAGAGAACACUGGGCCAUGGUCGGCGGCGGCAACCAGACUGGUUUCUGGAGAAUAGGGCAGCAUUGGAGCCACUUAUUGAGGCGAAGCGACGUGCCCAUGAACGAAUGUUGUCGGCAGGCAAUCAAACGACACGUUCCGGAUUUAGAUCAGCCCAGCGGUCGGUUGCGAGGGCGGUGCGUGGUGCAAAGGAACAAUGGAUCCCAAUGAUGCUCUAG